CUUUCCUUCACGGCCGCGGGGACCUGUGAAGAGGAAGAAGAAAAGCAAGGAAGAUGGCGCUGACCAGUUUUUUACCAGCGCCAACCCAACUAUCUCAGGACCAGUUAGAAUUGGAAGAAAGAGCAAGAUCCCAAAGGGUGAGACAGACUGCGUUGGUAUCAUCACGAAGGGAACCUCCCCCUUAUGGUUAUCGAAAAGGAUGGAUACCACGAAUGUUGGAGGAUUUUGGAGAUGGAGGUGCUUUCCCAGAAAUCCAUGUUGCUCAGUAUCCCCUGGAUAUGGGCCGAAAAAAGAAAAUGUCCAAUGCGUUAGCUGUUCAAGUGGAUGCAGAAGGAAAAAUAAAAUACGAUGCUGUAGCUCGGCAGGGUCAGUCAAAAGACAAGGUCAUUUACAGCAAAUACACGGACCUUAUUCCAAAGGAAGUUAUGAACGUUGAUGACCCUGAGUUGCAAAGGCCUGAUGAGGAAGCCGUCAGAGAGCUCACAGAAAAGACUCGAUCAGCCUUGGAAAAAUCCGUCUCCCAGAAAAUUGCAGCAGCCAUGCCAGUCCGAGCAGCUGAUAAACUAGCUCCAGCUCAGUACAUCCGGUACACGCCAUCACAGCAGGGUGUGGCCUUCAACUCUGGUGCAAAACAGAGAGUCAUUAGGAUGGUGGAAAUGCAGAAGGAUCCCAUGGAACCACCAAGAUUCAAGAUUAACAAGAAAAUCCCUCGUGGGCCGCCGUCUCCUCCAGCUCCUGUAAUGCACUCUCCCAGCAGAAAGAUGACCGUGAAGGAGCAACAAGAAUGGAAGAUUCCUCCUUGUAUUUCAAACUGGAAAAAUGCAAAGGGUUACACCAUUCCAUUAGACAAACGUCUGGCUGCGGAUGGCAGAGGACUGCAGACUGUUCACAUUAAUGAAAACUUCGCCAAGUUGGCUGAGGCUCUCUACAUUGCUGACAGAAAGGCUCGUGAAGCUGUAGAGAUGAGAGCCCAGGUAGAAAGGAAGAUGGCCCAGAAAGAAAAAGAGAAACAUGAAGAGAAACUCCGUGAAAUGGCCCAGAAAGCCAGGGAGCGAAGAGCUGGAAUCAAAACCCACGUGGAGAAAGAGGAUGGAGAAGCUAGAGAACGCGAUGAAAUCAGACACGACAGACGGAAAGAUAGACAACAUGACCGGAAUCUUUCUAGAGCAGCCCCUGACAAGAGAUCAAAGUUGCAAAGGAAUGAAAACAGAGAUAUUAGCGAAGUAAUUGCAUUGGGUGUCCCCAAUCCUCGGACAUCCAAUGAGAUACAAUAUGAUCAGAGGCUCUUCAACCAGAGUAAGGGCAUGGACAGUGGCUUUGCUGGAGGAGAAGAUGAAAUUUAUAAUGUCUAUGAUCAGCCUUGGAGAAGUGGUAAAGACAUGGCUCAGAAUAUCUAUAGACCCAGUAAAAAUGUGGAUAAGGACAUGUAUGGUGAUGAUUUGGAGGCACGAAUAAAGUCUACUAACAGGUUUGUUCCUGAUAAGGAAUUUUCUGGCUCAGACCGCAGACAAAGAGGAAGAGAAGGACCAGUUCAAUUUGAGGAGGAUCCUUUUGGUCUGGACAAAUUCUUGGAGGAAGCCAAACAGCAUGGGGGUUCAAAAAGGCCUUCUGACAGUAGCCGUCCAAAAGAACAUGAGCACGAAAGCAAGAAGAGAAGGAAAGAGUAAGGGCUUGUUCUUCUGGAUAAACAGACUGGAUUCAAAAUUAAAGCAGGCUAUAGGGGAAUAGUUUUUACCAAUUGACAGCCCUAUAUUGUGGA